CUCCUCCUCCUCUUUUCUCCGCAAGACUCUGAUUCAAAGUUGGGAGCAAAGAUGGCCGCCGAUCCCAUGCAGGGCGACCUGAGGGGUCAAGUGGUUUCGGAGCUGGGUCUAGGCCAUAAUCUGGACCUGUCGGACACCAUGGUCCAGCAGAAGCUGGACGAGAUCCGAGAGCAAAUAAAGCGUGAGAUCAGGAAGGAGCUGAAGAUAAAGGAGGGUGCGGAGAACCUGCGCAAAGUCACCACAGACAAGAAGAGGCUGGCAUCUGUGGACAACAUGCUGAAGAAAUCCAACAAGAAAGUGGAGGAGCUGCACCAAGAGCUUCAGGAGCUGAACGCUCACAUCGUGGUCAAAGAUCCCGAGGAGCUCCUCUUGGAAUGCCCUCUGACGCCGGACACCCCCAGCAGCGAAGCUAGGACGUGCACCAGCAGCAGCCGACUGGCAGCGCUGAAGAAACAGAUAGACAUCGAGCUCAAAGUCAAACAGGGAGCGGAAAACAUGAUCCAGAUGUACUCCAACGGCUCCUCAAAGGAUCGUAAGCUGUUGGCUACGGCGCAGCAGAUGCUCCAGGACAGUAAGAUGAAGAUCGAGUUUAUCAGGAUGCAGAUCUUGAAGGCCAGCCAGAGCCACGAGCUGAGCUUUGACAACAACGACGUCAUCGCUAAGCCCAUCAUCAGCCCACUGGACCUGCGGGUGGAGGAACUGUGUCAUCACGCUCGUAUCGAGCACGCCGUGGCCGAGGGAGCCAAGAACGUCAUGAAGCUGCUGGGCUCCGGCAAACUGGCUGAGAAGAAAACUCACUCUGAGGCCCAGGCUCGGUUUAAUGAGUCCAGUCAGAAGCUGGACCUGUUGAAGUAUUCUCUGGAGCAGCGGCUCAGCGAGCUCCCUAAACACCACCCGAAGCGCAGCAUCAUCAUGGAGGAAUUAUCUCUAAUGUCUUCUCCGCCUCUCAGCCCCCGCAACAGCCUCAUAUCAACACAGAACCAAUAUAGUACAGUGGCUAAACCUGCCGCACUCACAGGGACGUUAGAUGUGCGGCUGAUGGGCUGUCAGGACCUACUGGAGAACGUUCCAGGCCGUUCAAAGGCCACGGCGCAGACCCUGCCGGGCUGGAGUCCCAGCGACACUCGCUCGUCCUUCAUGAGUCGCGGGAGCCGCAGUCGAGCAACCAGCAGCCGGAACCUCUCCAAAACAGACGACUUGACCAAUGAGAUCAGUGCAGUGUUAAAGCUGGAUAACACUGUGGUGGGACAGACCAGCUGGAAACCUGUCAGUAAUCAGUCGUGGGAUCAGAAGUUUACAUUAGAACUCGACCGGUCUCGGGAGCUGGAGAUUUCUGUGUACUGGAGGGACUGGCGUUCUCUCUGCGCUGUGAAGUUCCUCAGGCUGGAGGAUUUUCUGGAUAAUCAGCGCCACGGCAUGUGUCUUUACCUGGAGCCGCAGGGCACUCUGUUUGCUGAGGUUACUUUUUUCAACCCUGUCAUUGAGAGAAGAACCAAACUCCAAAGACAAAAAAAGAUUUUUUCAAAGCAACAAGGGAAGACUUUCCUGAGAGCUCCUCAGAUGAACAUCAACAUCGCCACGUGGGGUCGGCUGGUGCGCAGAGCGAUCCCCCCCGUCAGUAACUCCACCCUCAGCCCUCAGCAGGGGGCGGAGCUCACACCAGAAAUGGGGCGGAGCCCACACACGCAUAGACACACACUCAGCAGUGACCCGACAGUGGCAAAGCUGGACUUCGACAAGGAGAGAACGCCGGGAACUAAACAUUAUUCUCUGGUCAGUAUCAGAGAAACGCUACCGGAGGAGAAGAUCCCCAGCAAAGAACAAGUCCAGGACGCCCUGAGCUCCUUCGACUUCCUGAACGACAGAAAUGGUCUGGGGGUAAAAUCUGACCUCAAAGACGUCACGCAGCACCAGAUCCAGCCGUCUGAGUUAGAGCUCAUAGCCGUACCAAAAACCACGGAUAUAAGGGAAGAGGAGGAGGAUGAAGAGGAGGAGGAGCAGUUUCACUUCAGCCUCAGAGACUUUAAAUGCGUUGCAGUUUUGGGUCGAGGCCAUUUCGGAAAGGUUUUACUGGCGGAGUACAGCUGCACGGGAGAAAUGUUUGCCAUCAAGGCUCUGAAGAAGGGAGACAUUGUUGCUCGUGAUGAAGUUGACAGUCUGAUGUGUGAGAAGAGGAUUUUUGAGACAGUGAACAGCGUCCGGCACCCGUUCCUGGUCAACCUGUUCGCCUGCUUCCAGACCAAAGAGCAUGUGUGUUUUGUGAUGGAGUACGCAGCAGGAGGAGACCUGAUGAUGCACAUACACACUGACGUCUUCUCAGAACCACGUGCCACGUUCUACGCAGCUUGUGUCGUCUUGGGAUUACAGUUUUUACAUGAGCACAAGAUUGUUUACAGAGACUUGAAGCUGGAUAACUUGUUGCUGGACAGCGAGGGCUACGUUAAAAUCGCUGACUUUGGGCUUUGUAAAGAAGGAAUGGGUUUCCGGGACAGGACGAGUACAUUUUGCGGAACGCCGGAGUUUCUGGCCCCUGAGGUCCUGACGGAGACAUCAUACACGCGGGCGGUGGACUGGUGGGGGCUGGGGGUGCUCAUAUUUGAGAUGCUGGUGGGAGAGUCUCCGUUUCCUGGUGAUGAUGAAGAGGAGGUGUUUGACAGCAUCGUGAAUGAUGAGGUCCGCUACCCGAGGUUCCUCUCCACAGAGUCCAUCUCCAUAAUGAGGAGGCUCCUGAGGAGGAAUCCCGAGAGGCGUCUGGGAGCAGGAGAGCGCGAUGCAGAGGAAGUGAAGAAGCAUCUGUUCUUUCGAUGGUCAGGACCCCCAUGGACCCUCACAGAGCAGAACAUCGACUGGAACGGACUUCUGGCUAAGAAGGUGAAGCCGCCGUUCAUGCCGACCGUUCAGAGCUCCAGUGACGUCAGUAACUUUGAUGAAGAGUUCACCUCCGAGGCGCCGGUGCUGACGCCCCCCAGAGAACCGCGGCCGCUGAGCCGCGAGGAGCAGGAGUUGUUCGCCGACUUCGACUACAUCGCAGACUGGUGUUAGCUUUUCCGCUUUCCCGCCCAUAAAACAAGACAAGGAAACUGUGAACACGGCUCUGCACCGCUUUCCUGCUACUCAGUGCCAUUUUAAGAAAUUUGGCUAAACCCUCAGAACGAUUGUAAUCCGAUUAAGAAUGGAGGAAAACGUUACGCAGUGUCGAGAGACUCCAGAGACAGAUUUCCUCAAACUCAUAUCUCCUGAUUUCUGCAGGAGUUUAAAAAAAACAGGCUGUAAACAUUAAAGGAGUGGUUUAGCUGAAAAUGCUAA